CCGCCCCAAAGGCGGGGGGCACGCCCACCUGGCCGUCGGCGGUCACGUGGGACUCAGCUGGGGGCCGCGGGGGAAGCUGGGCGAAGAUGGCGACAAUGAGGAAGGUGCUGCGGCGGAGACUGCUGGGCUUGGCGUCUCUCCGGGCUGUCAGCACCUCUUCUGUGGGUACUUUCCCAAAGCGAGUGAAAAUUGUGGAAGUUGGUGCCCGAGACGGACUACAAAAUGAAAAGAAUAUCGUAUCUACUUCUACGAAAAUCAAGCUGAUAGACAUGCUUUCUGAAGCAGGACUUCCCGUUAUAGAAGCCACCAGCUUUGUGUCCCCCAAGUGGGUUCCCCAGAUGGCUGACAAUGCUGAAGUCUUGAAGGGCAUCCAGAAAUUUCCUGGCGUCAACUACCCAGUCCUGACCCCAAAUAUCAAAGGCUUCCAGGCAGCGGUUGCUGCUGGAGCCAAGGAGGUGACCGUCUUUGGAGCUGCCUCAGAGCUGUUCACCAAGAAGAACACCAAUUGCUCCAUCGAUGAGAGUUUACACCGGUCCGACGAAAUCCUGAGGGCAGCUCGGGCUGCCGGUAUCCCUGUGCGCGGGUAUGUCUCCUGUGUGCUUGGAUGUCCCUAUGAAGGGAAGAUCUCCCCGGCUAAAGUAGCUGAGGUCACCAAGAAGAUGUACUCGAUGGGCUGCUACGAGAUCUCCCUGGGGGACACCAUCGGUGUGGGCACCCCUGGGAUCAUGAAGGACAUGCUGUCGGCUGUCAUGCACGAGGUGCCCGUGGCCGCCCUGGCUGUCCACUGCCAUGACACCUACGGCCAGGCCCUGGCCAACACCCUGAUGGCCCUGCAGAUGGGAGUGAGUGUCGUGGACUCUUCCGUGGCAGGACUUGGAGGCUGUCCCUAUGCACAGGGGGCAUCCGGAAACUUGGCCACUGAGGACCUUGUCUACAUGCUGUCUGGCUUGGGCAUUCACACGGGUGUGAACCUCCAGAAGCUCCUGGAAGCUGGGACCUUUAUCUGCCAAGCCCUGAACAGAAAAACCAGCUCCAGAGUGGCUCAGGCUACCUGUAAACUGUAAACCCCUUUGGGGGACUCAGUGGGAAUAGGGACUCACGUGAAUGAUUUGGGGAAAGGGCACGUGGAAAUGGGAAUGAAAUUAACAGGAGUGGGCACCUCCCUGGCAGGUCCACACAUAGGUCUCUCCUGCAAAAGGUAGGCAAGGGACAGGAGCUGCUUGGCCUCGGGCCCUCCCUGCCGGAGUCUAGUCUGAGUGAGAAGCCUGGGGGGCUGCGGGUCUCCCUGCCCUAUGGACCCACAGGCCCAGGAGUUGAAUGCCUGGGGUCCCCCUUGGAACCCAGUUCCCUG